AUGUCAUCAGGGAAAGUUCUACAACCUGUAUUGAAAAUGAAGGUGGAUGAACUGUUUUUGUGCUGGUUGAGUCAGCCUGCAACUCAGCUGGCACUAAAGGACUCCUUGAAAAGAAUCAAGAAUGAGGAGAAAACACAGCUUGGUAAUGCAGAUUCAGGAAACACUAAAAAUGAGAUGCUCACUAGUAAAAAAUCCAACUCUGAGCAGUGCCUAUUAGGAGGUAGCAGAUUGCCUUUGACUUUCAGUCCUUCUCAAGUUUCUACUACUCUUCCGUUGGCAACUCCAUCUAGCUCAAGGAACACUUCUAAUGUUAGAGCAACGCAUCGAUCCUCAGGAACCAGAGUAGUUCAGACAAAGAAGGAGGAAACUUUGCCACCAGCACUCAGUCAAAACAUUCCAGCUUUCUAUUUCCCUCGAGGAUGUCCUAAGGAAAAAGUGAACAUAGAUGCUGUGAUUGCCAAAAUUGAGAGAACUUUCUCUGACUUUCCAAAUGAGAGGGCAACGUUAGAAGAUAUGGGGAAGGUUGCAAAGGCCUGUGAAUGCCCACUUUACUGGAAAGGUCCUUUGUUUUACUGUGCUGGAGGGGAACGAACAGGAUAUGUGUCAGUUCAUAAAUUUGUUGCAAUGUGGAGGAAAAUACUCCAGACCUGCUAUGAUGAUGCUGCGAAGUUUGUUCAUCUUCUGAUGAACCCUGGAUGCAACUACUUGGUGCAAGAAGACUUCAUUCCUUUUAUACAAGAUGUAGUGAAUAGUCAUCCAGGCCUUUCAUUUUUGAAGGAAGCAUCUGAAUUUCAUUCUCGGUACAUUACAACAGUCAUACAGAGAAUAUUUUAUACAGUAAAUAGGUCCUGGUCUGGGAAAAUAACUUGUAACGAGCUCAGGAAAAGCAACUUUUUGCAGAAUGUGGCAUUAUUGGAAGAGGAAGCUGAUAUUAACCAGCUGACAGACUACUUCUCAUAUGAACAUUUUUAUGUUAUCUAUUGCAAGUUUUGGGAGCUGGAUACAGACCAUGACCUCUUUAUUGACCGGAAGGAUUUAGCUCGACAUAAUGAUCAUGCAAUUUCGAACAGGAUGAUUGAGCGAAUCUUCUCAGGAGCAGUAACAAGAGGCAGAAACGCACAAAAGGAUGGGAAAAUUAGCUAUGCUGAUUUUGUCUGGUUUUUGAUAUCUGAAGAGGACAAGAAAACACCAACAAGCAUUGAAUACUGGUUCCGCUGCAUGGACCUCGAUGGGGAUGGGGCUUUGUCUAUGUAUGAACUGGAGUAUUUUUAUGAAGAACAGUGCCAAAUAUUAGAGAACAUGGCCAUAGAACCUUUGCCAUUUGAAGACUGUUUAUGCCAGAUGUUGGAUCUUGUAAAGCCACAACAUGAAGGAAAAAUUACUCUGCAUGAUUUAAAGCGAUGUAAGAUGACAAAUGUGUUCUUUGAUACCUUUUUCAACAUUGAAAAAUACCUUGACCAUGAACAGAAGGAUCAGUUUUCCAUGUUGCGGGAUGGUGACGGUGAAAGCCAAGAGGUCUCUGACUGGGAGAGAUAUGCUGCUGAGGAGUAUGAUAUCCUGGUAGCAGAAGAGGCAGCAAGUGACCAGUGGAAUGACAGGUAUGAAGCAGAACUGAAUCCUGUAGACCAUCAGAAGGCCAAUGUCCUAAAGUAUCAAAUGCAAAAAGGACCAUUUUUUGAAAAGCCUUCCCUUCUGGCUAAUGUAGACUUGGAUGACUACGACUCUGAAGAGGAUUUUGAGUAG